CUUCCUUCUUUCCUUCCUUUCUUCCUUCAAGCCAGGCCAGUGUUGUCAUCAUCGGCUCUACCACCCCACUCUCUCCGUAAAUUCUCCCUGCAUCUGCAGCUGCACCACUGCAGCGACUCAGGAAGCCAUACUGAGCAUGCUCCGUGGAGCUGCAGCUGGUGGAUGGAGCAAAGUGGAGAGGAGGAGAAAAGGAAGGGGAGGAGAAAGGAUGAGGAGAACAGAAUGAGCCUGGCGGUGCAGGGAUCUUCUAGCAGGUCCAGAGAAAAGGAGCUGCAUGGCAGGAGUUGGGAUUGACAACGCAGAUGGAGCGUGACAUCGGAAUACAAAGGGCUGGAAUCACAGGCUCCUAUUAUCGGGAGGGAGAGGUCGUUUGAUGAGGAGCUCUCUGACAGCGUGGAGAUGUACGCCUUCUAUUCGCUUUUAGUCUACAUCUUCUACACUGUCUUCAGGAAGGAGGAGGAAGAGGAUGGAGCCUGUGGAGCUUCCCCACAUGAGUCAGGACCUGUUUCCAUGGAAACAAGGAGCAGGAGACGAGAUGGCCACGCCUCCGGAACAAAAAAAUCUUGUGCUCGAUUUAGUGAAUCAAGCAGCAGCAGUGACAGUGACGAACUGAGUGAUGAAGAUGAGGAUAAUGCCCCAGACAUCCCAGCCUGCACUCCUCUGGCAGCUUUUUUGUCUUUCAAACAGGAGACUGAGAAGAGGAGAGCCUCUCAGGUCCAGCUGGAGGCAACAGGAAAGCUGGCUGACUCUCCCCUGGUGGCAGUGAUGUCUCACUUGCUAAGCUUUCUGGAGCAGUACUCCCACUUCCAGCAGCUACAGCAGCAGGCCGACCAGUACCGGGUCCAGCUGAAGAGGCACCGCGUCCAGCACCGCCGUCAGAUGAAGACUCUGCGGGCCUCCUACCGCCAGCGCAUCAGAGACAAGAACAGCAUCAUAAGCAGCCUGGAGGAGGCCAUCAGUCAGCAGCAGAGUCCCAGCAGCCCCCUGAGCGAGGGUGAGUGUAGCAGUGACGCGGGGAAUCCAGCUGGCCUCCACCAGCUGGUGGAGACGCUGUACGGGCUGCAGGGGGAGAGGAGCAAACUGAGAGGAGAGCUGCGUCUGCUGCACUCACAGCUGGAGCAAAAAGAAAGAGACAGGCAUACCCGCAUACAGGCCUUUCAGCGGCAGAUCGAUGAGCUGAAGAGCUGCAUAGAGGAGCGUGAGGAGGAGCUAUCGAGACUGAGGACAGCCACUGGAGCCACGGACUCAGAGAAGCGAGUUCUUUGUCUGUCGGCCGAGAACGAGAGCCUGAAGCAGAGCCUGAGCGUCACACAAGGCCUCCUGCAGCAGCUGUCGGCCAUCCCGUCUCAGUCCAACACCAUGCUCAUCAAGGAGAACGAGAACCUUCGUGGCCGAGUUCAGCAGCUGGAGACGUCCCUGCAGCAGCGGGCGGAGCAGCUCUCACAGCUGGAGAGGAAGAGCGAACACAGGGAGUGGAGGAGAGGAGAGGAGCUGAGAAAACGGGAAGACAGAGUGAAGGAGCUGGAGCUGGAGCUGAAUAAAGAAAGAGGAAAGGAGCCCGUUGUGAAGUACGUCACACAGACAGUGGAGGUGGAGUCGCCGGCCACAGUGAAGCAGCUGACCAAAGCCAGACAGAGAAAUGAGGUGCUGUCUGAUAGGCUGUCCAAUCAGACUGAGAGGUGCAAACAGCUGGAGGAACAGAUCAGGAAGUCGGAUGAGUAUAGCUGCAACCUGCAGCACAAGAUUGCAGCGUACGAACGAGAAAUGAGUCACCUGCGAGAGGAACUACUGAAGGAGAUCGGCCACUUGGAGGAGAGAAAGGAGGAGGCGGUGAAGGCUGCAGCCAGCUGCUCCGCUGAACACUUUCAGAACCUGCAGGACCAAUUCUUCACUUUGCAGAAGCGUCUAACAGCUCUCCCUCCGACCUUGCGCUCCAUGAAGACAGACUAUGCCAGUCUAAGGAGUCAGGUUCGGAACUUCUCAGAGUUUUACGCUGCAGCGAUCAACGAAGCCAAAAAGCAGAUCUCAACAGCUAUCAGUGAGAUGUCUGAAGCCAACAAGGACCUUCUGGAGAAGUACAGGAAGGAAGUGGCCCUGCGCAGGAAGCUCCAUGAGCAGCUGGUGGAGCUGAAAGGCAACAUCCGUGUGCUGUGCCGGGUCAAGCCUGUGCUGAAGGAGGACCAGCAUGAGGAAGGUCAGUCUGUUGUCGUGACGACGGACCCCAACAACGAGUCCUCCCUCACUGUGCUGAGCAAGGGAAAAGGCCGCAGCUUUGAGUUGGACAAGGUCUUCCAGCCACAUGCCACACAGGAAGAGGUCUUUCAGGAGAUUGAACCUCUUGUGACUUCCUGCAUUGAUGGCUACCAUGUCUGCAUAUUUGCAUAUGGGCAGACAGGCUCUGGAAAAACCUACACCAUGGAGGGCAGUGCGGAAAACCCAGGAAUCAACCAGCGAGCUCUGAAACAUCUCUUCAGUGAGAUCGAAGAGAGAAAGGACAUGUGGUCCUACACAGUCACAGUCAGCUCUGUGGAGAUUUACAAUGAGGUGCUGAGAGACCUGCUGAGUAAGGAUGGAGAGAAGCUGGACAUAAAGAUCAACCCAGAUGGAACGGGACAGCUGCACGUUCCAGGCCUCAGGGUUACAGAAGUUAGGAGCUUUCAGCACAUUAAAAAGAUUUUAGCCACAGCUCGUAGGAAUAGGAUCACUUUUGGCACUCAGAUGAACCAGCACAGCUCACGCUCCCACGCUCUGCUGUGCAUCACCGUCCAGGGCACUGACCUGGCCUCUGGCUCCAAAACCACUGGUAAGAUGAACCUGGUGGACCUGGCCGGCUCCGAGCGGGUCUGGAAGUCUGGAGCCGAAGGGGAGCGGCUGAAGGAGGCCCAGAACAUCAACCGCUCCCUGCUGGCGCUCGGGGACGUCAUCCAGGCUCUUCGGGGUCGGCACACCCACAUCCCCUUCAGGAACUCUCGCCUUACCUACUUGCUACAGGACUCCCUGGGGAAAGGCAGCAAGACCGUCAUGGUGGUGCAGGUGUCGGCGCUGGAGAGCAACGUGGGCGAGACGUUAUGCUCUCUGAAGUUUGCUCAGAGGGUUUGUAAAGUGGAGCUGGGUCCUGCAGCCAGGAAAAUCGAAUCUGGCGGAGGCCAGUGUGACUGACGGCCUUGAAUGCACCACAGAGUCCUACAGUAUGAAAGCACCUGGCAAAAGUAUUCACACUCCUUGUAUUUUCUUCAUUAUGUAAUGUUAUAGCAUUUACUGUAUUUUAUUGGGGUUUUAUUUGAAAAGAUCAGCAUAGGGUUGUGCAUAAUUGUGAAGUGCGUCUGUAAAAGAUGCCCAUUUUAUAACUGUGCUGCAUGCAUGUACUCUUAGGCCUCCUACAGAGAACACUUCAUAGAACUAGCUUAGCUUUAAGUACACCAGCGAGGCUUUGGAGUAUGACUAAAGAUAAUUCUUCCUUGCCAAAUAUCUCAGGCUCUUUGCAGACUUUGCAGCUCUGAACAUCAAUUUUCAAGUUUUGCCACAGAUUUUUAGUUGGAUUCUCAUCUGGACAUUGACUAGGCCAUUUUAGCACGAUUAUGGUUUAAUCUAUACAUAGCAUUGUCUUCAGGCCCCUGCUGUGGAGUUGCUGUGUACUCUCAUACACAGCAGAAGAGUAAAGUAGUUGAAGACAAAUACAUGACGUAUUUAAAAUGUAUUAAAACCUGAGUCUUAAUUUUCUCCUCCUUCAAAAUGAUGCACUGCCUUGUGUUUUUCUAUCACAUGAAACCCCAAUAAACAAUGAACAUUUUUGCAGUCCCAAUAUGAAACUCAGAAGGAAUAUGAAUACUUUGCAGACACUCACCUUUAUCUCACCAGCUACUUUCAACACUACUGUAUCAACAAGAUCAGCUGCAAACCUGAUUAAGGGCUAAAUCUGUGGAGGUCUGCAGUUAGAGGUCAAGUUUUGUUCCUCUCCGCCAUAUUCAGUAAAAACCCUUUAUCAUUAGUUGACCUGCAUGCAGUCAGAAAUAUUUAUCCUGCCUUUCUCUCGGCUGAAAAACCUGAUGCUUCCUUGAAAUGCUGUUUAUUUUUAUUGUAUAGGAGAAUCUAGGAUUGAUCGCAACCUCAGUGAUUCAGUCACAAUAUCAGCACUUUAGUUUGUGCACCCAUCUUGCUGUAGAUGUCUGUAGACCGUGUCAUUGCUGAUGUAACAUGUUUUGAAGCUAACUUAUGAGCUGCAGGUACAUUUAAGACCCAUAUUUAUGUCGUUUCUGCGAAAGAUUCAAAAAGCAGUGACUGAAAGCUUAGAUUGGCCUUGGAUCAUUUGCCUUUACAGAUGCAGAGGUUGUUUCGAGGGCAGCCGGUGGCCUUGUCUGAAAUGAACUGCAAUAACUCCUGACGCAGGUGGAAUGGGCUUAGAGAUAGAAGAUACACUUUAUUGUGAAAGAGCGGCAUUUUAGUUCAGCUUGCAAGAGAGGUCACUGGUGAAUGUUUCGCAGAAUACUAAAAGCUUAUUUAUUGCUCAUAUGUGUUCAUCAGUUUUUAUCCACCGAAUCAAAAUGUGCUUUUGAUUCUAAUGUAG